CUACGAGGAAUCCGUUCGCCGAUAACACGGAUCUAAGUUUAAUGAUCUAAAGAUAGCUGCUAGCUGUUUAAAAAUUGGGUGGCAAAAAUCUACGAUCUCAACGUUUGUUUCCGAGAGACACCGCCAAGCGUAGUUUUUUUUACCGAGGUCUGCUACUGUUAUGCGUUUCUGGCCACGAUCAUAAAGUCGGGUUGGUUUAUGCACAAAGGAAACAGUAAAUCGUGGGAGCUUCAAGCUCGGCUUCGGUGCAUGGCCACCACUACCAUGGAGCAGCUUGGCCAUGUGGAUGACCUGCGUGCCCUGCAGGCGAGCCUGGGUGACUUGACACGAAACCAGGGCCUGCUUUUGGACACAGUGCAGCAGGAAAACAACCGCUUUGCUGAUGCCUUGGGGAGCCUUGAUGACGUGCUGCAGCGGGCUCGGGUGUACCAGGCCAAGUUGGUGCGUCUCAAGCGUGACAUGACGGAGUUGCAGCAGCGGAGUAGCCGCCUGCGCAAGCGUGCCUUGCGGCUACAACAGCUGAAGCAGAAGGAGGCCCUGCAGGCAGAGCAACAGCGCCAGCGAGACCUGGAGCGCACACGGCAGCUGCAGCCACGUGUGGCCCCACAAUUGGCUACCCCUUAAAUGAGCAAGCAUAUGUGUAGAUGCUGUGGCUAUGAUGUGAACAGUGCAAGAUGCAGGGAAAAGGAAGGUACCUGCGAAAUAUCCAAAUUCAUUGAUCGCUCACCUCUAUGAUGGAUUCACAAAAUGAAGUGAAUAACUGAUCCAGCCUCUAGAUUAAUGUGACAUCUGCACUCAGUAGACCAAUCUCGCCAUGAGUUUCACUACGGUGACAUGCUGGGCUUGUUAGUGUGUCAUAUGAGAGAGAGUAAAGUGCUCGGUAUGGGACACAAGAGCGACACCAGGCGCACAUACGGUGCUAACUUUUACAAGCAUCUUAUUUUCAGGACCAGAGCUAUUGUGCCAUUGCUCUGAGCACUUGUUCAGUGACGCACCUGUCGAAAGGCUUGUUUAGCUCUGUCCGUGGAAAUUAGAAAGUUGAAUGUUAGCACCAUGCGUGUGGUGUGUCUUGUAUUGGAUGUUCUACACUGUAGCUGCAACCAGUUCCUCUGCGCCACCACUACCAUAAAGGGUGCUGGUAGUUGUGUACUAGUCCUAAGGGGCUGAAGGGCAACUAUGGUAAGAAAAACUCUGCAAUAGGAGUGGGUUUGAGAAGCUGCAACCUCACACCUCGCCCUAAUAAUCAGCAGGAAAAAUCCACUACAUUGAAUUUUGUUUUGCAUUUCCUUCAAAGUUGCCUUGAACCUAAGUGCAGAAGGUAAGCGGAGAGGACUACAGGCAUCAUUAUGUUAACAGGGCAGCUGUGCAUGCAUUCUGAACAUUGUGAGGCGGGUCUUGGGGAACAUGUUGCCAGACUACUAGAUUCAUAUUUGUGUCCUUGCUCAAAGUACAGACAUUGCGUGAGGACAAAAGGGUGACAGACAGGCAUGUUUCUCUUCAAUAUUUUUGCAAAGUGUGCUGCUUAUUUAAACCUGCAUGAGAUGGGUCUGCUGCAUUGUUGACAGCUUCUCUGCAGAACCAUUAAAUGUGGUGCGAUUCAGUGCCACGUCACACUUAUCCGUAAACUCCCUAAAUCAGCGAUUCAGUCUAUCGUGUGGAUGGAGUUCUCAUUCGUGUCAGUUUUGCAUUUUCAUUCCUAAAGGUGUUCCUCUAGUUCCCCUUAGUGUGUGUGCUAUGCGUAGCACAAGCAUGAUGAAUAUACAAAUAGUCCCAUUUAUUGCUCUGUCAAAUCCAGCUCUACUCACAAAGCACAUAGAGAUUGUCCAUCUCUGCAAGAACUUCCGUAGACAACUCAAUAUCACAAGUUACUAUGUACAUUAGAGUCGAAAUUCAGCAGCCAUAAGUGGCAUAGCCAGUGACAUGUGGUAAAUGCUCACGGCUGGCAAACAUUCUUGAAACAUGUCAGUUAUGUUACAGCCCUAGGCAGGCCUUCACACUGGCAUUUUUCUUUUUUCGUCUACUUUUGCACAAUGACAUGUCACCUUUUCUCUAACAAACUACAUCUGUGCGAGAUUAGUGGCUCGUUAUCUGAGAUAAUUAUGAUACAAAUCUUACGGAAGCAAUGUGGAAUAUGAAUGGGAUGAAGAAACCCCUCAAACAGUUGUCACGUGGAUUUUCCCUCCAUCUCAAUGAAUAUGUGAAGUUUAUUCUCUGAAGAAAAAGCUGGAGCAGAAGUGCUGGUAAACAGGACUUCAGGCCCUAACACAUUUCACUGGUGUACAGCAAGUGAGUACACAAGGUUGUUCUGUAGUUGAAAGAAAACAUACACUCGCCAACUGAAAAACACAGAAAAAUGAAAAUGGUUUUUACGUUUUGGCAUCCAGUACGGGUGCCUUGUUCACAAGACAUUGCAUUUACAUUUAGCUCAGGGAGGGGUCCCCAUGUUUGUUUUAUCGUGGCUGCCAUAGAUUGUAUGCAAAAUUAUUCAAGGAGCAAGCGGGAUGGUAGUUUAUUUUCCUUUUCGAUGACUGAAGCCAAUUGCGAAUCAAUACUGUGACCAGAUUUUUUCAUGAUGCUCUGCCCAUGCAUCAGACACUGUGUGACCUUCUGCUAAAUCAUUGUUGUGCUGCUGUAGCCUUCUUUUUAAGUUUCCAGUUUCGCCUACGUAGCACUCCUGGCAGUCUUCACACAGAAUUUUGUAAAUGUAGAAAAAUGUAGAAAAAACACACAACCUACAGACAUGAUAGCGUCAGAUUGUAAUUUUUCUAUACGAAAAAACAUAAUUCUGUUGUGUGAAACUCAAAGAAGCCCCUUUUCCAGCAUUUCUACCAUUCAUAGACUGGCCACGAUGUCUGCCAUUUGCACGCGCUGGCGCACGAAUAUCUUGGAGUCCACGAAGCGGUGCGCCUGUUUCCUUGAAACACUUCCAGAUGGCGCUCGCCUCCGCCGCAUCACAGCCCACGCAAAAGGCCGCGUUUCUAUCAAAAAGCCCACCUUCGUGCAUAGCGUUUUCCAGUAAAUAUUACGGCUAUAUACACAGCAGUUGCUGGGAGGUGCGAGAAGCAGUCAGGGACCUUUGAAUGUUACUGUGUUUUACUCUUAAAGGCGAAGCUUAGGCAUCCUCCAAAUUUUUUACUCUGAUGACUUGCUGCUUUAGUUCGCUUGUGCGGAUGUGGCAGAUUUGCACUUUAUAGUCUGAAUAUUCUUGAAGUUAGCUCGCUCACCCCUUGUGCUUAAGGAAGUGAAGCCCACUUUCUUGUCGUUGCUCUGGCAGGAGGGUUAGCAGCACGCCUUUCUUCAGUCGUCAGCUCAAGUUUUCGUGCAACAGCAGUAGAACAUAAGUGUAUGCAUGGGAAAACAGUGUCAAUGCAAUUGAUCGUUUUUGCCCUAUGGGAUGGGAUGACUUAAAGUGCAGGUAUUCCCUGUUAUGCAUAGGCUUUCGAUGUAUGCUUGUUGAAAGGCUGGAUGCAGUGUAGUUGAUUUCAACAUCAAGGAAAGCAAUGUGGCCAUUUACUUCAACAGUGAAUUCGAUCGUACACGGAAACGAGUUUAGGUGUUCCACGAUAGGUGCAACAUCUUUGUGGCGGAUAACAUAAAAACACUUGUCAGCAUGCCGCAUGAAAAAUUUCAGUGCAGGAUGGAGUCUUGCAUAGGCUCUUCCUUCAACAGCUUCCAAUGCAAGAUUGGCACAAGCCACUGAGACUAAUGCCCUCAUCGCUGACUCAAACACCUGCCUGUAGAAUGAUCCAUUGAAUGAGAAAUAUGCGUUGUGUAAGUUAUAAUCAAGAAGGCAGCACAAGGUGCUGACAUCGAAUGGGGCGUGUGAAGGCAGAGAAGUGUCGCUGUGCAAUGCUGUUCUGCAGUAAUCAACAGCAUAGUCUACAGGUAUGUGCAUGAACAUUGACUUGACGCCAAAGGAGACCACGUUUUCGGUUUUCAAAGCCACGUUCUUAAUGUCGAUGAAGUCAAUGGAGUUGUUCAUGUACAUUGAUGUUCGUCCUACCAUGGGCUGAAUUACAUCAUGAGGAUAUCGAGAAAGCUGGUGCAAGGAGGAAUGUGUGAAGUGUGCAGUUGUACGAAGCGGGGCAUCAGGCCUGUAAACCUUAGGGAGGCUGUAUAUCAUAGGGGCUGAGCCAGCAAGCAAGUGGUGAUACAGAUGCUUGUUUUCCAGUAGUACAAACUUGAAGGACUCGGUCAGUAGCUUUUGAAGUUCGGACUCGGUCUUUUUUGUAGGGUCCCCAAUUGACUCUCCAACACAUUGUUCCAUCCUGGAGAUGUGCCAUCAAUUUUUAGACUGUUUUCAUGAUCCCAAACAAUGGUUACAUUCCCCUUAUACGCUGGCAAAAUCAUGGCGUACUGGUUGUUCUGUAGUCUCUUCAUGGCUUCUCUAUCAAGGUUGCCGAGACUUGAGGUCGUAGCACUACGAAGCUUCAAAACAGCCUCAAUGGCACAGGUACAUGCUUCACUUUGCAGAGCAGACUUGACUUAGCAUACAGCUUCUCCUGAACAUACCAUCUUGCGCAUACUCGGAGUGGUACGAAUAUUAAAAUUGCAGCCGUGGCUUAGGAGAUGAAGCUCUGCAGCAUCGAGGAUCGACAAGUUGCAGACACCAGUCUGGGCGUGAGGGCAUUGAUAUUUCUCAAACAAAAACUUGUCUUCCUAGCACUGCUGCUGCGACUCAACAGAAAUGAGUCGCAGCAGCAGUGCUAAUUGAAUGGAGUACAAUUUCGUGGAAUUCCGUGGAGGUGAGGCGCUCAAGCCUUCUGAAGCAAAUCGUUUUCCAGGCACUUUGUGGUUGCCUUCGUCUCAAGGUUGCAUGCUUGUAAAAGGAGCUUUUCAUUGUGGUGGGUUGUCCAUGCUAUUUGCGAAGUGCAAUGCAAUUGAGGGUUUGACAAGAGCUCGGCUGGUGAGAAGACAACAUGGUUGAAGAAAAUGUGCACUCACCAAUUGAAAAACAAAGAAAAACGAAAAUGUUUUUGAUGUUUCAGCACCCAAUACAGGUGUCUUUUUCACAUUUAUGAGUGCACAUUUUUCUCAACUACACUUUCUUAUCAGACGAGCUUUCAUCAAAUGGGCAAUUACAAGUUUAUGUAUAGUUGGCCACAGAAGAUAAUGGGACAUUGUUUCCACAACUUAAUAAAUUGCUGUGCACGUUGCAUAUUGCGGACCGAAGCUUGGAUGCAAGUCAAUGUAUUCAGCCAGUUCACAGACCUCGUGACCCUUAAAGGGGCCCUGAACCACCCCUCGGGCUUGUUGAAAUAGCAUAGUCCACAGGUGGCAUACGCUGCUGUGAACAUCUUGGCCAAGUUUUGCUGUUGUACGUAGAGGGCCCGCAAGCCGAUUGUGGUCUCCUUUCUCUCAAACGCUCUUUUCAACAGAAGGCCCUAUUCUGGACUCUCCUCUCUUCUGGACGCAUUAUGUCCUUCCCUUAGACAGCUGCUAUUGGCCAAUUGCUGACAUUAAGCUGCGGUCAGCUACAUGGUGUAGAUACUGCAGCCGCCAUGGGGUGCCACCACGAGUCCACUGGCUAAGCGCACUGUGGCUUGCCAAGGACAACUGCGUUUGGCUUAUGUUUAGCACAUCGUAGGCACCAAACGCAGAAGUCGCGACAUCUAUGUUAUCUGAAUGAAAUUUGAAGGCUACGGCAUGUUUCACUGUGCCGUAUCCUUCGCAGUGCAAGGCACUGAACCAAUGGGAGCACAGUGGAGGCAGUGUAUUGAUUGCCAAUAACUUCGUUUCUGCUGAACGCAUUGCAGUACUUUCUGUGGCAAAGUACUUCUGAAAUAACCAAUUUUCACUUUAAAAUACCUUUCUUCAAUAAGAUGUGGUUCAGGGCCCCUUUAAACUGUUGUGGGCGACUGCAUAACAGCAGUAGUGAACUGUCGAUGGCAUGGUCCUAUACUGAACAAUGUAAACCUGAAGCACGCUACCUUCAAGAUGCUUUGUUUUUAAUUUGAGGUGGUGAUAACAAUUGGCUUUAAAGAUGCAAAUGGUCUCUUUUGGUGUUCAGAGUUCCUACAGUAUGCAUGUGAUCAUGUGCUGUAUAAAAAAAUAUGCUCCUUAGCUUUACCGUAUUUUGUAUUUUUUUUAAGGACUAACAAAGUUUAUUGCAACAGUUAUGUACAUAUUUUCUUCACUGUGCAUAUAAAUUCCAGUGGCAUUGCUGUGCCAAAAUUAAUUUGUACAUGUCGCUUGGGAAUAAAUCGGACUAGUUUUUCUCCUGGAA